AUGGCCAAGGGUCUGAAGAACUUCCCAGUGUUCACCAGAGCACUUCGCAAAGGGAUGAUGGGUUUUGCUUUGGAUGGCUCCCAGGUUGUGGCCUUCAGUAAGACUCCAACUGCUUUGCCCACCCUGCUCCCUCCUCCCAGCAGUGCACAGCCCACCCUGGUCCCUCCUCCCAGCAGUGCACAGCCCACCCUGGUCCCUCCUCCCAGCAGUGCACAGCCCACCCUGGUCCCUCCUCCCAGCAGUGCACAGCCCACCCUGCUCCCUCCUCCCAGCAGUGCACAGCCCACCCUGCUCCCUCCUCCCAGCAGUGCACAGCCCACCCUGCACCCUCCUCCCAGCAGUGCACAGCCCACCCUGCUCCCUCUUCCCAGCAGUGCACAGCCCACCCUGAUCCCUCCUCCCAGAAGUGCACAGCCCACCCUGAUCCCUCCUCCCAGAAGUGCACAGCCCACCCUGAUCCCUACUCCCAGCAGUGCACAGCCCAACCUGCACCCUCCUCCCAGCAGUACACAGCCCACCCUGCUCCCUCCUCCCAGCAGUGCACAGCCCACCCUGCUCCCUCCUCCCAGCAGUGCACAGCCCACCCUGCACCCUCCUCCCAGCAGCACACAGCCCACCCUGCACCCUCCUCCCAGCAGCACACAGACCACCCUGCACCCUCCUCCCAGCAGUGCACAGCCCACCCUGCUCCCUCUUCCCAGCAGUGCACAGCCCACCCUGAUCCCUCCUCCCAGAAGUGCACAGCCCACCCUGAUCCCUCCUCCCAGAAGUGCACAGCCCACCCUGAUCCCUACUCCCAGCAGCGCACAGCCCAACCUGCACCCUCCUCCCAGCAGUACACAGCCCACCCUGCUCCCUCCUCCCAGCAGUGCACAGCCCACCCUGCACCCUCCUCCCAGCAAUGCACAGCCCACUCUGCACCCUCCUCCCAGCAGUGCACAGCCCACUCUGCACCCUCCUCCCAGCAGUGCACAGCCCACCCUGCACCCUCCUCUCAGCAGUGCACAGCCCACCCUGCACCCUCCUCUCAGCAGUGCACAGCCCACCCUGCUCCCUCCUCCCAGCAAUGCACAGCCCACUCUGCACCCUCCUCCCAGCAGCACACAGACCACCCUGCACCCUCCUCCCAGCAGUGCACAGCCCACCCUGCACCCUCCUCUCAGCAGUGCACAGCCCACCCUGCACCCUCCUCUCAGCAGUGCACAGCCCACCCUGCUCCCUCCUCUCAGCAGUGCACAGCCCACCCUGCUCCCUCCUCUCAGCAGUACACAACCCACCCUGGUCCCUCCUCCCAGCAGCACACAGCCCACCCUGCACCCUCCUCCCAGCAGCACACAGCCCACCCUGCACCCUCCUCCCAGCAGCACACAGCCCACCCUGCACCCUCCUCCCAGCAGCGCACAGCCCACCCUGCACCCUCCUCCCAGCAGUACACAGCCCACCCUGCUCCCUCCUCCCAGCAGCACACAGCCCACCCUGCACCCUCCUCCCAGCAGCACACAGCCCACCCUGCACCCUCCUCCCAGCAGUGCACAGCCCACUCGGCACCCUCCUCCCAGCAGCACACAGCCCACCCUGCACCCUCCUCCCAGCAGCGCACAGCCCACCCUGCACCCUCCUCCCAACAGUGCACAGCCCACCCUGCACCCUCCUCCCAGCAGUGCACAGCCCACUCGGCACCCUCCUCCCAGCAGCACACAGCCCACCCUGCACCCUCCUCCCAGCAGCGCACAGCCCACCCUGCUCCCUCCUCCCAGCAGGCACACAGUGAACCAUCCUCCCUCCUCCUAA